UGGCGGCUGCGGAGCGCUGGGCGGCCCGGCUGAGGGCGCGGAGGGCGCGCGGGAAAGAUGGGAAAUGCCUCCAACUCCUCAGCAUUCAUUUCCACCUUAUCUGAGCGAGAAGACCUCAUUUUUGGAACCCUUUAUUCACUCUUUGGCAUCGUCUCUCUCUUUGGGAACUCCCUGCUCCUGCUGGUGGCCUAUCGGAAGAGAUCCAUGCUGAAGCCUGCCGAAUUCUUCAUCGUGAAUCUGGCCGUCAGUGACCUGGGCAUGACACUGACGCUCUUCCCUCUGGCCACCCCCUCCUUCUUUGCACACAGGUGGCUGUUUGACCAUGCAAUGUGCACGUUUUAUGCCUUCUGUGGAGUGUUCUUUGGCCUGUGCAGUCUAACCAGUCUCACAGUGCUAAGCACAGUUUGCUGCCUGAAGGUCUGUUACCCAACAUAUGGCAAUAAAUUCUCUCCCACCCAUGCUGGCAUCCUGUUACUGUGCGUUUGGGCCUAUGCACUUGCCUUUGCUAUAGCACCGUUAGCUGACUGGGGCAGUUAUGGACCAGAGCCCUAUGGAACAGCCUGCUGCAUUACGUGGAAAGCUUCGACCAGAGAGGCAAUGGUCUAUGUCAUGGCUCUCUUCAUCUUCUGUUACAUCAUCCCCUGUCUCCUGAUUGUCGUCUCCUACUCACUCAUCCUUUGGACUGUGAAAGUGUCCCGAAGAGCAGUGAAGCAACAUAUGUCUGCACAGAGCAAAAACAACAGUGUGCACAGCCUGAUUGUAAAGCUAAGCAUUGCUGUAUGCACUGGAUUCCUGACUGCCUGGACCCCUUAUGCCAUCGUUGCCAUGUGGGCAGCCUUCGGAGAUGUCAGCCAGGUCCCGGUUCUUGCCUUUGUGAUCUGUGCUGUGUUUGCCAAGUCCUCCACACUCUACAACCCUCUGGUGUAUCUGCUCUUCAAACCUAACUUCCAGAAAUUUCUCUCCAAAGACCUGUCGCUGCUGCAGGCCAUCCGCGCCAUCCUCUGCUGCAGCCGCCAAAGCAUUGUCACACUCCAGUCCUUCCCCACCAGAGAAGGCAGGACAUCUGUCCGGUUCUCCACAGCCUUCGCCGACCGCCAAGGGCCCUGCAGGAACUGCAGUGACACCUUUGAAUGUUUCCGUAACUACCCCAGGUGCUACCAAUUCACCCAGAGUCCCAAUGCCAUGCCCAGACACCAUCCUCUGAGCUUCCUGACAGAUGGGGGUACUUGCCAGCCAGCUCUGAAAAGGACCGUGCAGGUCAUGGUUCUGGUUACAAGGAAGAAGUCAGGCAUGGGGACAAUGAAUGUAGCAGGAGAAGUCCUGCCUUCAGAUAUUGUGAAAGAUCUUCUCUGAGCAUUCAGAGAGCCCUACAGCUCCUGGGCUUGGCUAGGUCUCCAGUCACUAGCCAGCUGGGAACAGUUCAGGAAUCUCUAUUGUGUUCAUCUGAUGGGUCUCAAAGCAUGUUUUGAAGAUGAGGUGAUACAGCAAACUCGAAAGCAGCCUUACCUCGCCUUCCAUUUUUGCUGUUGCAACUUGUGCUCACAACCUGCACCAGUAAAAAUGGAUGCCAGUGUCUGAAGAAUCUGGCCCUGGUAGAAUUACAUGCUGCAUUUUCCAAGAAAUAUGCUCUCAGGGCACUAGAUUCCCUCCACCCCAUAUUAUGGUGCUUUUACGACCAAGCCUGACCUUGGUUCUCUUGAGAAGCAUUGUCCAGCACAAAGGUCUAGGAGCUAGAAAGCCUUGAACUAUGAUCCUAGCUCCAACACUGACGCCUGUAGCCUUAGGCAAGUCAGUUUUCCCAUCUGUAAAUGGGGAAUAACACCAUUUACCUACCUCAUUGAGGGUUGUAAGAUUAACAAGUCUGUGUUGGUGAAGGGUUAUAAAUCUGAAAAGCCCUAAGCAUUAUAGAUCUCUCAAGAGACACUACCCUGCACUUAGCUGUAUUACCCCAUUCCCUCAAUGCUACUGCAAAUAACCACCACUCUAUAAUAUAGAAUAGGGGCCUGUCCUUAGAAGCAGGCUUUGGAUCUAAAAUAAUCUCAGUGCAAGGUUCCAGGUGCCAUUCCCUUGGAGCAGUGACUGUGGCUCCACAGCAUCCUUUUUUGGUGGGUUUAAAGUGACAAAAACAUCUGGGGUGUAUUUGUCAACUGAGCUUUUAAUGAAAGGACAUUAGGAAAAAAGAAAAUGAAAACAGAAUUCAGCUGGAAGGUAAAAUCUCAUAAGAAAAAUUUCAAAGGGAAAAAGAAAUUCAGGGGAGCUGGCACUUUCUAAGACUGCCACCGUGCCAAUACUGCCCCAUGUGGAAGGAAAGAUUUAUUUCUAUCUUAGUUAUUAGGAUGUGUCCAGAGCUCUUUAGUGACCUGAAAAUCAAACAGGAAAUGUACAAAACAUGGAAACAAGGUUGUACCGAUAAGGAAGAGAACUAAAGAAGAGCACAAGCAUGUGUGAUCCAAAGCAGAAAGCAAAGGUACAAAAUGAAUUAAAGCUAGCAAGGGAGUUCGUAUAAGGCAAUACAAACACGUUCCAUAAACAUGCUACGAGUAAGAGAAGAA